UUAAACGGUUAUGCGUUCGAGUGUUCACAGCCUACUGUUCUGAUUCGCAUUCGAACAGAAAAAAACGAAUCUUCAAUCAACGCACACAAAAUGGCGGAACACGAUCAAAUCGUUCUCGAUGAGGAGCUAUCGUCCUCCUCUGCCAGAAUGCAAAAGCUGACGAUGAGUGCUGCACGAACGAACAUGAUGUGCCUGAUGUUGACCGCGGUCGGUGGAGUGAUCAUUAUGUCCGCCAUUGCUUUUGGGUUCUACCUGACCAUACCCUCUUCAGUCCUGUCACAGCAAACAUCGAGCGGGAUUGAGGUAGAACCGGCCUCGGUACAGGAACACGACGAGCUGGAAGAGGUUCGUCAACUAUACUUCAAGGCGGAAGCGCAGGACGUGCUGAUGGGAUCGCUUCAGUUGUUGGAGCUGAUGAAGGAGUUCGAGCCAAUUCUCGAGCGACAACGCCGCCGCAGAGAUGUAGGCGAAUUCGUACCCAACCGUAUCACCCGGGGAGACGAUCGUUCCGAGGAGAUCACUUACGGUGUUCGGCGGCGCGUUCAGCGCGAAUUCGACUAUGGGAUGGUGCCGAUCGUGUAUAGAGGGGCGAUGGUAGAACCCGCACUGCCGAGAAGUUCCCGUAACCGGCGUCAUGCCAUUUCGCUUGACGAGCUGCAGCGUGCUAAGCGCAGAGCCCAGCACGACUACCGGCGGCUGGAGAAUGAGUACAAUCGGUGCCGGAAGGAGGCACCGAACGGGAAGUUGUGUGAUCAGAUCUACGAAAAGCUGCAGCGCUUGUCGGAGGAGAUGAACGCACGCUUUAUGGAGAUGGCGAAUCUGCUGCAAGGCUUCCACGAGGUUGGUCUAACGACUGAGGAAACCGCCACGUAUCCGCAGGUAUUUUUCGGCAUCAGUGAACCUAUUUCGACCAGUGUUACCACGUCCGAACGAAGCACUACCCCCAAACAUGAUCGAACGACGGCAACCGUUGAGCAGUUGGUGAAUGAAACGGACAUUGCUCGCAGAGUGUCUGAAGCAGAGUGGAGUACCACUACGGAGACGGCGGCAGUGAGCACUACACCAGUCACUCCGUUGGUGUUUGACCCGAACCUCCACCGACCGGUGGUGAACAGUUCCAUCCGAAGCUUGGAUGAUCUGUUUGAACACAUGAGACUUAGUGAUGCGAUCCAGAUCACUUCAGAUCCCACCGAGCGGACCACCGAACGUGAGGAACUCUUUGAGAUGGAGGUCCACUCCAGCUCUCCGCCAGGUCCGCCGACGUUGAAAACUUCCUCACCCUCGACGUCCACCCGGUGGACUACUACCAAGAGUCCUUUGCAAGCGGCCCGGAACCUCCACGACGUGGUGGAUCAACUGCAACUGGCGCAGAUGCUACAACCGCACCCAUUCCACGAGGAUCUACUGCAAACUCCACCAGACAACAUUGACGAGUUUGUGAUGGCACGGUCACGCAACCGGGAUCAUAUGCACCACGAUCCUCACCACAAACCCGUGGUUGUCGAUUCGUCCAUUGAUCCGUUGCGAUCCGUGCAUCAGCAGCACCCUCAACAGUCGCUGAUGGUGGGACCGAGUGCACCAUUUCUGAGCCUCUGCGAUCAGCUCCGCUCGGCGACGGGCAGUGGUGGCCACAUGAAGCCGGUCCACACGGGCAAUUUCCAGGCGGGUGUUCACCAUUCGCCCGGCAUACCGAUAACGGGCGAAGCGCACAAAGCGUCCUCGCAGAUCAUUGUCAACUCGGCGUUCGGUGCCGGGUAUGUGCCGAACACGGUUUGCUUCUACCAGAACGCACCUCCGGUAGGAGCGCAAGCAGGGUACGGAUUCCGGCCCGCUACUGCUGGGACUGGCUCGUACGUCUACCCGCACGGUGGUGGAUAUCCACCGUAUCAGCAGCCAGCACCGCAACACCAUCAACAUCCGGGCGCCGGAGGUAAGCAACCGCUGAAUGAUCCAGCGAUCGAUGCACUCAUUCAACCACGCAUUCCCGAAGCUAUGAUCAACAUGCCGGUUAGCAUUCACAAUCUCCAUCACCCUGGGGCCCGCGUUGGUCCGGAAGUUGCAGCAGACCCGCACAGUCCCUUUCUACUGUGCUCCAUGAUGUACAACAAUGAUGCCGCAGGUCAACCUGAUGUCCAUGGUACCACGGCGUCUCCGCCAGUGCGACACCACCUGGGAAACGAAUCCCACCCCGAGCCGGAGGACCCGGAGGACCUCGCGUCGAUGUUUGCCGCGGGCCGUUCUUUGGCGGCACGAGCCAAGGGUCGUCAUCACUGCCGCCGGGGUUGGGUAUCGUGCUUCAGUUCGCACCAGUGCGUAAAGCGCAGCAGCUGGUGUGACUCGAAGACGGACUGCAUGGAUGGUAGUGACGAGAGCGCUUGCUCCUGCGUGUCCCGUUUGCCGAAGCGCAAACUCUGCGACGGAUAUGCCGAUUGUCCGCUCGGUAUGGACGAGAUGGGAUGCUUCGGGUGUGAAAAGUUCUCCUUCUCGUGCUUCCACACGCAGGACCAGUAUCGGGCGGCGCACCGGUCCGGUUCGAUGUGCUACACACUGCUCGAGCGGUGCGACGGUUUCGACAACUGUCUCAAUCGGAAAGAUGAACAGGACUGCACGAUGCUCGUGAAGGACUUGGGCCACUAUCUGGCGUACUCGGUGCCCCACUCGUCCGGUGUGCUGCAUCGCAACUAUCGCGGCAAGUGGUACCCGGUGUGCAACAAUCCGUCGCAGUGGGCACGGGAGGCGUGUGACGCGGAGGUGGGACCGCAGGACCGUGAGCCCCUGUUGAGCCAUGGACACGGCAGCCUACCGGGGCCGUACAUCAGUCAGCGCGCGCACAGUGAGGUGUCGCAGCCGGAGUUUAGCGACGGGUGUAACGGUGUGUACGUGCAGGUUAAGUGUCCUCCGGUGCGAUGCGGCACCAGUAAGCAGCAGGAGCAACACUUCGCCCGCAUCAGUGUACGUUCCAGACGGCAGACCAACGAAAGCGAGAUGGUCGAGAGUGUGCGCAUCGUCGGCGGUAGCCAUGCCGAGCCGGACGCGUAUCCCUUCAUAGUGGGCAUCUUCCGGGAUGGCAAGUACCACUGUGGUGGAAGUAUCUACAACGAGCAUUGGAUCAUUUCAGCCGCCCACUGCUGUGACAACUUCGAUCGGCACUACUUUGAGGUGCGUUCGGGGAUGUUGCGGAAGCGUAGCUUCGCACCACAGGUCCAGAUCACCCACGUCACGCACAUGAUCAUACACCACGCGUACAGCUCCACGCUGAUGGCGAACGAUAUUGCGUUGAUGCGCGUGGAGCAUCCGUUCCACUACAACCGUUGGGUGCGUCCGAUCUGUCUGCCCGAGAGGCAUCGCACUACGGACGAUCGCGAUUGGAUGUGGGGUCCCAAGCCGGGUACGGUCUGUACCGCUAUCGGUUGGGGUGCUCUGCGGGAGCGUGGCGGUGCCCCCGAUCAUCUGAUGCAGGUUUCGGUGCCGAUCUUAAGCUACUGCAAACACAAAUCCGAUCGCGACAGCCUGCAGAUCUGUGCCGCCGAGGAGGAAGGCGGCCAUGACGCGUGCCAGGGCGAUUCUGGUGGUCCGUUUGUGUGUCAGAGUAAGGCGAACCCGGCCGAGUGGUAUCUGGCCGGUGUGGUGAGUCAUGGUGAGGGCUGUGCUAGAGCGCACGAACCGGGUGUGUAUACGCGUGUAGCGCUGUUUAUCGAUUGGAUCACGGAGAAGGUACAUUCCCAGCUGCCGGCACGUACCGCACGCGCCGACUGUCCCGGCAUGCGGUGUAUCUGGGGUGGCGGUAUCUGUCUUCCGCGUGGGAAGAAGUGUAACGGGUUCGUGAACUGUCUCGGAGGUGAGGACGAAUCGGGCUGUGCGAUGGAUCAGAUGCUCCGGUCAAUGGCACACCGAGGUGAUGAAGAUAGUGAAGAGAAGCAGCAUGACACCGCCACACCGAGAGCCUCAGAAGCGCAUGAAAGUCGGCAGGUGGAUACGGUGGAUACGAGCACGGAAUCCACCACACCACUAGAAUCGGGUGAAUCUACAACGUUCGCCGUGUUUGAAGCGAGUGUCGAAGCGCAGGAGAGUAUGAUCGUGACCAAGACAGCUCAGACAGAUCCCAUCACAACGACGACACCGCGUGAGGAGGUGUCAACGGAACCGACCACUACGGAGAUCACAACCACCGCAUCAAGUACAUCUCAGGACACAUUAACAGAAGCCAUCUCAGUGGAAGUUACAACAGCAUUCCAACAGAGUUCCAGCUCUGAAUCGCCAUCCUCUACCGAGGAGCCUACAACACCGACUACGUCCUCCACAACCGAUUCGGCAAUCAUUUUCCCCGUACACGACACCGAGCAGGAUGGGCAAGAGUUUGAGUUUGUCGCACCAGUGACGUCUUCUACCACGGAGGUCAUCUGGAAGGCUUUGGAGAAAGCGGUCAAAGAGGUGCGGGGACAGGCGCGAUCAGAAAACAGUUCCUCGUUGGUGAACUCCACCACCUCGUCCACUACCGCAAACCCAUCGGAGGAGCUUCCCGAUCAUCCAUUUUUCGACGAUCUGGAUGUGAUGCACCAGCAGAAACACAAACGGGUAGCCGAGUUCCGACUGACGGUACACAAUCUGCACACGCAAGCGAAUGUGCCGACAGUUCCACCAAACGACACCGCACAGUAUCGUCAGUUUUCCUGCAAAAACAUCACCCAACGCAUUAACAUGGCACAUCGGUGCGAUCGGAUCGUCGACUGUGAGGAUGGAAGUGAUGAGCUGAACUGCACGUGCCGGGACUUCCUGAAGGAUAAGUUUGACUUUCUCAUCUGCGAUGGCAAAACGGACUGUCUUGAUCGUACGGAUGAGCUGGGAUGCAUGAACUGCCAGGUUGGUCAGUAUGCGUGCCGUGUCAGUCAGGUUUGCAUUCCCAACGUGCAGGUGUGCAAUGGACAUCCGGACUGUCCACUGCAUGAGGAUGAACUGGACUGCUUGGCCCUCACCGAUGGACAUCGCGUGUACUUCGAUGCGAACAAUCUGACACUGUUCCGCAACACCGGAAUCGUCACCAAGAACACGAACGGCACCUGGGAGGUUCUGUGUGGAGCGGUACUGACAGCGAAAACGGAGCAUGCAGUCGAGAAGAUUUGUUCAUUUCUAGGAUUUGCUGGCUUCCAGAACUAUUCGCUGCUAUCGAUCACACCUACCGAGCUACCGGCCGGGUUGCUCGUCAACAGUGGCGAUCACCACUACGUCAACAUUACCGUCGAUGCCACCUGUCAGGCAUUGCGGGUUUCGUGCGUCCAGCAUAUCAACGCCACCGAGCACGAUAUAGCGCACUUCGAGCACAACCACGCGCAGGAACCGGUGCAGGUGAACAUACGCCCGCUGAAUCCGAUCCACCGGCCACACCAUAUGCCGCAGAUCGUCUUCCAGGAGAACGCACACAUCGAGCUGGUGGAGAACUUUGGCGAUGAUUACGAUUGGCCGUGGAAUACGAACAUCCAUCUCGACGGCGUGCUGAUAUGCAGUGGGUUGAUCAUCGAUGCGAGCUGGAUCAUAGUGGCCGGCAGCUGUACACGGUUGGUGAAUCUGCGGCAUCAGUAUCUGGCGGUUGUGGCCGGUGGUGCGAAGUCGUACCUGAACAUUGAGGGACCGUACGAACAGGUGGUGCGCGUUGACUGUUACCAUUACAUACCGGAGGCCGAAACGGUGAUGUUGCAUCUGGCGACCAAGCUAACCUUCAGUCGCCACGUGCUGCCUACGUUUGUGCCGGAGAAUGAAAACGUCACGGACAGUGAAUGUCUUGCGGUGGGACAGGAUAAGUAUGGGAGAACGAAGACGCUACGUGUGCAUCUCAACGGGACCAACUGUCAAGGCGAACGUGUUCGGUGCUAUCAUAAGGAUCUUAAGCAGCCUUACUAUCAUCAUGAGUCGUGUUACACCCCGGAAGCGACACGAUCCGGUGUGAUUGUGUGCAAGACGAGCCGAUCCGGAUGGUAUCCGGUAGGGUUCUAUCAGCACAAACGAGGUCUCUGCGGUUUCAACGAGGUCGUUCGGGUGACGAGUUUGGUGGAAUCGUACCACAAGAUCCAGCACGUGCUGCACAACGAGCAGUGUGGCGAUCAGCUGUACGGCGAACCGCACUGUGCUGGGAAACGCUGCCGGUACGGCAAGUGCGUUGGCGAGAAGCUGCUGUGCGAUCGCAAACCGGACUGUGGCGAUGGGUCCGACGAAAGUCCCGCACUGUGUGCGACGCGCAAUCAUACCAGUAACUGUCUGCCGCAUCAGCUGCGCUGUGCCAACGAACGGUGUAUCGAUAAGGCCAACUUCUGCGAUCGGAAGAACGAUUGUGGAGACUCCACCGAUGAACCGCACGAUUGUUCGUGCUACACGUACUUGAAAAUUACUGAUCCGGGAAAAAUUUGCGACGGAGUGCGCAAUUGCUGGGACAAAUCGGACGAAAACCCACGCGUCUGCCGGUGUCACGCGACGAGCUUCCGGUGUGGCGAGUCGGACAUUUGCGUGCCGUAUGAUUUCGUUUGCGACAAAGAGCGCGACUGUCCGGAUGGGGAGGAUGAACAGUACUGUUACGCACUGCAGCAGAACUCUUACGAAGCCGGGUACGGUGAGCUGAUGGAGCAAAGUUAUGGCAUCUGGCACUCGAAGUGCUUCCCGAAGGCGACCAAGUUCGAUGACGAGUACAUGCGACGCAUCUGCGAACAGCUCGGCUACAGCCAGGUAAGAAAGAUCUACGGGCGGGCGAUCGUGGAAGGGGCCCGGUUGCGUACCGCCAACGAGACGGAAAGUGCCGUCGAUAAGCUACGCCGCACGGCUACGAAAACGAUCGUGCAGAACAAAUUCUCCAAGGUGAUCAUCAACAAGAACCACACGUUCUACAUGAAACCGAGCAGACCCAUGUUUAAGGUGAUCAAUUGGAACUAUGAGGAUGAGCAGGCCUGUCACCGGUUGGAGCUGUUGUGUGCACCAUAAGGCUCUGG